UGCCGAACAACAGCACAACAGCGGCUAACCUCUGCUUGUUUUUGACAACUAUUUUUAGAGCAAAGGUGAAGGGGAAACGGGGAUAAAACUUCCAUCAUCGACAAUGAGUCUGAAUAGACUUUUCGUUUUAACUCAUACGUUUAAAGCAGGAAGAAAUGUCAUACGACCUCGAAUCACGCAUCCAGGGAAAGAAGUCCUGACACAUCUUCAGGUGCAACGAUCGAUAAAAACGAAUUCAAGGAACCUUGCAUACGCCAAAGAUCUGUUCCUGGGUAAAGUGAACAAGAAAGAAGUUUUCCCCUAUCCGGAAAUUGGGAAUGAGGAACUUGAUGAAAUCACUCAGCUGGUUGCCCCCGUGGAGAAGUUUUUCAAUGAGGAUGUUGAUUCAGCGAGAAUAGACCAUGAAGCUAAGAUUCCACCUGAAACACUUGAUGGAUUGAAGGAAUUGGGUCUGUUUGGGAUUCAGAUUCCCGAGGAGUAUGGUGGACUGGGGUUGUCCAAUACCAUGUAUGCCCGUCUGGGAGAGAUCACAUCAUUAGACGGCUCCAUUGCUGUCACCCUUGCUGCUCACCAAGCCAUUGGAUUAAAGGGUAUCCUGAUUGCUGGUAAUGAGGAGCAGAAGAACAAGUACCUGCCUAAGCUAGCCACCGGAGAGCACAUUGCUGCCUUCUGCCUCACAGAGCCUGGAAGUGGGAGUGACGCAGCCUCUAUUCAGACCAGAGCGACACUCACAGAAGACGGACAACACUACCUGUUAAAUGGGUCAAAGAUAUGGAUCUCAAACGGCGGCAUGGCUGACAUCAUGACUGUGUUUGCCCGUACUGAGGUGGUGGACAAAGACGGGCAGAAGAAAGACAAGAUCUCUGCUUUCAUCGUAGAGCGGGCUUUCGGUGGCAUUACCAGUGGCAAACCAGAGGACAAGCUCGGCAUCCGGGGUUCCCAAACCUGCGAGGUGACUUUUGAGGACACCAAGGUGCCAGCGGAGAAUGUUAUUGGCGAAGUCGGCGGUGGAUUUAAGGUGGCCAUGAACAUCCUAAACAGUGGUCGCUUCAGCAUGGGGAGUGCCGGUGCUGGUAUGAUCAAGAAACUGAUUGAGCUGACUGCAGAGUAUGCCGGCACAAGAAAGCAGUUCACCAAGAAACUGAGUGACUUUGGAAUGAUUCAGGAGAAGUUUGCGGUGAUGGCUCUGAAUGCCUUUGUGAUGGAGAGUAUGGCCUACCUCACGGCUGGCAUGAUGGAUCGGCCUGGCCUUCCGGAUUGUUCUCUGGAGGCAGCCAUGGUCAAGGUGUUCAGUUCAGAGGGCGGCUGGAUAUGUUGCAGCGAGGCCCUGCAGGUUCUGGGCGGUCUGGGCUACACCAAGAACUAUCCGUAUGAACGCUACCUCAGGGACUGCCGUAUCCUGCUUAUCUUUGAGGGCACCAAUGAGAUCUUGAGGAUGUACAUUGCUCUGACAGGCAUGCAGUACGCUGGCAAAAUCUUGACAGGAAAACUCAAGGAGAUGAAGAAAGGCAAUGUGGGCGUGGUGUUUGACCUCCUGGGGAAGAGGGUGCGACAGACCCUGGGCAGACCUCAAGACCUGGGCCUGACGGGCAACGACGGAGUGGUCCAUCCUAGUCUGGAGGAAAGUGCGAAGAAAUUUGAGCAGAACGUGGUACUUUUCGGCAACACUGUGGAGAACCUGCUGUACAGAUAUGGAAAGACGAUAGUGGACGAGCAGCUGGUGCUGAAGCGCGUGGCUGACGUGCUCAUCAACCUGUACGCCAUGACGGCCGUGCUGUCCCGAGCCAGCCGCUCCAUCUCGAUUGGCCUCAGGAACCACGACCACGAGGUGCUCCUUGCGAAUACAUUCUGCAACGACGCCUUUUUCAAGAACAACUUCUUGAUGGUUCAGCUGCAGAAAAACUCACCAGAGAACAAUGACGCCAACAUGAAGAAGAUUGCCCAGGAGGUUCUGGAGAAGAGGGCUUAUAUCUGUUCUCAUCCGCUGGAGAGAACGUUCUAAGAUGCCCCCCGUCCGUCUGUAAUUCUUGAAGCCAUGGUUUCCUCUGCUCUAUAACAACUGGACAAUGGACACUUUCUUUUUCUCCCCAUCUCUCUCCCUUGCUCUCUUUCCUCCUCUCUCUCUCUCUCUCUCUCUCUCUCUCUCUCUCCCCCUCCCUCUCUCUCUCUCUCUCUCUCUCUCUCUCUCUCUCUCAUCCCCUUGUUCCAUCCAUGACAGAGGCCCUUUGGCUACAUCUUUCCACUGUCUCUCUUUGUCGACAGUUCAGAUGAGUUGUUGAAAUAAUUUUUUGGGGGGAAAAAAUAGCACCACUUAGUUCCGAUGCUAAUUUAAUUGUGUGUACAUAUAUGACGAUACAGCACAGUGCAACUGAUUUUAUUAAACCAAUAUAUAUAUUGUAAAGUGUUAUUUUGAAAUAUGCUUUUAAUAAUAUUUCUGUACUUAAACUAAUACACAACAGGUGUUGUUUUGCUGUACUGUA